AUGAGCACUCAUCCUACAUCUCGACCGAAUUCUUCCCGAAGAGGUUGCUGGACAUGUAAACGGCGCCAUCGCACGUGUGAUGAAACGAAACCCUUCUGCUUACGAUGUAGACAAUAUGCAGUUGAGUGCGAGGGCUACGGUGUCAAACGAGUGGCCUUCCGGUCGGCAAAGAAAAAGAAUACAAACAAGGAUGACGACUCUGAAAACUCACACCAGCCGCUGACGACUGUUACUGGGACAUCACCAUUUCCAUCUACGUCUUCAGAAAUCUCAUCGCCUUCACUUUAUUCACCUUUAUCCAAUCCGGUCAUACUUUCAUCCACACCAAUUGACUACCACCAGCGCAGACUAUUGAACCACUUCCUUAGCGAUUUUGCGCCCCUACGAUCUUUGUCUCCUCUCCAAAAUAUUUUCGAAGAGGAUAUUGCUCCUCUUGCUCUGGGUCACCAUCACGUUCGUACAGCCAUUGUCGCAGUGAUAUCGGCUUUACAGCAAGGCCGCCAUUCUACCCCUCAUCCUCAAAUGCGACACAGCGUUAAUGCAUUUCAGCAUUAUGAAGAAGCUGUGCGAUUACUCCGACAGUCAGUUGACCGCUUCGAGAAAGGACAAGAACUCAUCAGCUCUUCUCAGGGGAAUUCUACAGAUGAUAUGCAUGCCUGUUUGGCCGCUGCUUAUCUACUUACAUGGUUCGAGGUAUUAGUGUAUGAUCCUCAGAAAUGGGUGAUUCAUCUUGAAGCACUAUGCGGUCUAAUCAACAGGAGCGGCCCAUCACUGAUCCAGACAACAUUCGGUCGACGUCUAGUUCAUGCUGUCGCAAGACUAGACUGUCAGAAUGCACUAUCCAACCGCGGGCGACCUCUGUUGGAUAACUUCUGGUACGAAACUCUCGAAUCAGACAUCAUAUAUAUGCCGAUCACGGUGACGGAUAAUAUGGGAUAUAUGGGAUUUACAGAAACGGGACUAGAAGCAAUGGCUGUGGAAUACUGCAGAAAUCUACAUGGGUUGCUUGGAGCAGCUGCCUUUUUGAGUUAUGAAUGGACUAGCGAUACGCCGCGGGUCACGGGUGAUAGUCUGAGAGAACGGGUUCUCCAUGUUCUUAAUCGUUUGUUUUUAUGGUAUCGGUCGUUGCCAAUCGCUCUACGCUGGCCUGAAGACAUUGGCAGUAACCCAAUCAACAUCGAAACACUGUCUGGCCAAGAACACUUUGGAGAUUUUUAUGAGACGGAGACGACUUUCUCUCAUGAAGAUACACACGAUAUCAAUGACCGCCAGUUAAGAAGGCGUACCCAUCUGCAAAAGAUGAUACUUUUACAUUACUAUGCAAUCCGUGUCCACUUGUAUCACAUCCUAGACCCGGUACGCACCCCAAGAUUAAUGCAAUUGUCCAUCAAUCUGGCACAGAAAUGUCUCUACAUCAUCCGUGCCCUCGACAACAAUUUCUCCUUUCCCACCUCUCGGGCGGAAGAUAUGGCCACUCAAGGAAAAAAGAAGACAUCAACAACAAACAAAACACCACACAAUACAAAACCAUCCCAAUAUCCAAGCGAUAUGCCAGUGUCCUUUGUCUUCGCUUGCAUCGGUGUAGUCCUCAGAGAUCCGUCUCAACGAGAAUGGAUCAGCAAAUACCUCAUGCAAUUAGGCCGCGAAGGUAUCUGGUGCGGUUAUGAAAGAGCACUCUGCUUACAUGCCUGGUGGAGAAGCGACAAUGCCAUAACCGGGUAUGGCGAGGAAACACCAAACACCAAAAGACUUAUAAAAUCAAUCCCACAUCGACAUGAAGUCCCGAAUGGGUCACUGGCGACUUGGACUCCGGAAAUGGGUAUGGGUGUGGAUAUAUUAUAUGAGAAUCUGGCGACGGGUGAAACUGGGUUUGAUCGAUAUCAUUUCAGUGGAUAUAUAUACAUUCACAGCCUGGAGCAACGGACCGGAGCAACGGACCCUUAG